GCGUCUCGAUCUGCUGCACCAUUUCCUCCUUCGUAAUGGUAGGCAUGUCGUGCACGAGGCCGUUACGGGAGUUUUUAAGGUGUGUCAGCAGGUACUCCAGGCACGUGUCGUCAGGGGUGGCCCAGGCCGCGUCACCCGGGGGUGCGAGGGAGUGACACGCCAGCUGGAUCAUCUUGUACAGUAGUGAGAUGUCGAACCGAUCGCCCGAAGGGUUGACUGAGAUUUUCUCGCGCUGGUGCCUAGAGAAGUUUUUUCUGUAGGAGGUAUGACUGACCCCCGAGGCGACCAAGUACUGGUCGAAGGUUUGGGUGGCGACCUUCGGGCAGCCCCAACUCAACACCUGGAACAGUACCAGACGCACCUCCGACAUGUGGGCCUUGUACACCCGGAACAGGUGGUGAUCCUCGCCAAGAGUGCUCGACUCCAUUACUGUGUGUGAAUAGCGACACGCCGCCGCAGCCUUGCACUCACACCUGGCUCUGUAUGCUUACUUACUCAGAGUGAAGUGGUACCAUGGGCGUCAACCGAUGUGGCCUUACGAGAUGCAUAUUGCUGCUAGGAAGAGGUGGUUGUAAAAUACUAUCACCACACAUGUAGCCUACCUCCACCUCCACACAGUAACUAUUAUUAAUAGCAGAACCAGUGAAGAUGAGGUGGCGCCUGGCGUCAUCGGAGGUGGACUUCUGGGCUGCGAGUAGUUCCUACGAGGUGGUGAUAAAAUGCCAUCACUGGGUUUCGACGCAUGCAACACUAUUUAUGUAAACCACCCACCCUCACCCACACACAGCCACGCGCGCGCACACACUCUCAUGGAUAAGACACGGGGCCUUCACAGUUCAGGAUGUCAGAAGUUAUCACGAGCCACGUAAAGAUAAGCGGCGGAGCGAGCACACUGUUGGGUCCACACUGCUGAGAAGAGUCACUCAGUUCCCCAAAGCGCUGCGUCAAUUUACAAGGGUGUGGCGUUGCCCAGUCUCCGUCAAGUGUUAAUUAGAGUAAUAAUCCUUUUGUUCUGUCACUCUCCACUGCAUAUUUAUUGGUACAAGCAAAGAUAUUAGUGAAAGAUGAUUGGUUCUUGAAAAUUAGUUCUUAUUUUCAAAGAACCCGUGAAACUGUAAUCAGAUCUUUGCGGAACGUGUGAACCAAGCGAGAGAAAGUGGCAACAAACGUCCUGAGUGAAGUGAACACACUGGACACCACAGUUUGACACAAGCACAGAAGCGAGUAUGCUGCUGGCGGCGGGACUGUAUAGGAUGCGUGCCUGCCGAAGUGAGAGAUCGUCAGCGUCAUAGCUUCCGGAGUAGAUUAACUGUAACCUUCAUAUUACCAGGUGACUCCGAGACGCCGCCUCCCCUGAGCCGACACACCACUACAACAUGUAAGGAAUGUGGACAAUGUGGACAGGAUUAUUUAACCCAUAGUGUAAAAUGGAGAUGGGUUCAUAAUGUACCUGUGAUGGCCUCGGGGAUGGACGCAGUGUUGCAAGGCGGCUCUCUGCCCUCCUCAGGCGCCCCCCCUUCAAGCUACCAACGCGGCUACCUCACCUCGGCCAGGCGCUUCCCGAUGCCUGAGAUGGAGGAGAGUCAGUUCAUCGUCAAGAUAGAAAAAGACACUCGACAGAAGCUUCCAGUGACUGAUGAUGAAUAUGACGAUGAGGAGGAGGACGAGAAAAAGAAGACAGAGGUCUGGGUGACGCUGAUGCUGCAGGGUGACAGGCUGGUGGUGGUGCGGGACGCUCGCUCGUGGGAGUGGAGGCUCGGCUACAUCAGGCGCUACGGGUACUCCUCCUCCUCCUUCUACUUCGAGUCCGGCCGGAAGUCCAGAACUGGGAAGGCUGUGUACACAUUUAUCACAGACUGUUGCCAAAGAAUCCACUCGCGCCUCACGAUGGUCAAGGAGUUCUGCCAAUUUGACCUGUACUGCCAGCGAGGCGUGAUUCUCGACCUGCUGCUCGUCAACAACACGCCGCCCUCCCGUGUUCGCAGCCUCAAAGACAAGAGUGAGCGGGAGAAUGACAGGAGAGGGAGAGGUGUAGAGGUGCGACGGACUUCCACAGGCUCCCUGCCAUUCUGAGGCACUACCCCUCCACCACUUCCUCCCACUCAAGACAGACGUUGGCACAUGGCCGGUUCCCAGUAAAUGCAAUAGAAGCAAUGGAUUGGGGCCCUGGGGUCUGUGAAGGACCCGAAUAUGUAUAUUCCAAAAGAGAACUACCAUAUAUGUAUACUCCUGUAAAAGUUAACUCCUCUUCAAAGGUUGUGAUACAUUCAAUUGUUGAAUAAACUAAACCCCUAGAAUAAUAGAUUUGUUAAGGAAAUUUGAAUUUUAUAAGAGUAUAAACAGCAAUUUGUACUUAACACUUUUUAAGUAAAUUUUCUCCUAAAUAUUUUUGUUAUAAGUGAAAUGAGAAAAAAUAUAUUGAUACUGAAAAUUUAA